AUGUUCAAGUACAUGUACCGGCGCAUCGCCGUGGCGCCCACAGAGUCCGUCGAUGACUACCUCGGCGUCGUCGUGCCUCUCGAGGAGGCCCAUCUUCACAGCCACUCGGCGCGCACCGGCCGCACCGAGUUUGAGGACCCGCCAUCUCCCGGCGACGACGCUGGCGAUGCGCCAAAGGACAGGGAGGAGAGCGAGGGCAUGCUCGAGAUGAGCGCGGCCGAGUACAGCAUUGAGGGUCUCCGGAGAGAAGUGAGGGCUGGCAAGGGCGACUCUACGGAUUACGAGAUGAGGUCAAAGUUGAUCAACAAGGCCAUCCAGGAUAUCGGCAUGGGCAAAUACAACUGGCAGCUGUUCAUUCUUUGCGGCUUUGGCUGGUUUGCCGAUAACCUUUGGAUGCAACUCGUAUCCUCGCUCAUUGCCUGGUACUGCAUCGCCAACUGGCCCGCCGAUCAAGGUUGGCGCCUCUUUGUUUUCAUCAUUGGCGUCAUGACGCUGGUCAUGUUUGGUAUCCGCUGCUUCUUGUUCCAUCUCUUUGAGUCGCCCAAAUUCCUCCUGUCCAAGGGCCGCCAAGCCGAGGCCAUUGCCGUCGUCCAUGGCAUCGCUUAUAGGAACGGUGCAAAGACGUGGUUGACGGAAGAGAUCAUGAAUGCCGUCGUCGACGACGUCGCCCAUCCCGAACUCCACGAGGUCCGACCCGCUGGAGUCAGCGUGCUGAAGGACAAACUCAGCAAGUUCUCCGGCGACCGUAUCCGGCCCCUCUUCCAGAACAGGACGCUCGGCAUGGCGACCAUGCUCAUCUGGUUCUGCUGGGCCACCAUCGGCCUCGGCUACCCGCUCUUCAACGCCUUCCUCCCCCAGUACCUCUCCGAGCACGGCGAGGACCCCUCGACCGGCGCCGGCGCCAGGGCCGAGGCGCCUGCAGAGGAGGGCACAACCAUCUCGGCCGAGACGUACCGCAACUACGCCAUCACCUCGAUCAUGGGCAUCCCCGGCGCCCUCCUCGCCGCGUACCUUGUCGACCACCAGUCUCCCUGGCUCGGCCGCCGCGGCACCCUCGCCAUAUCGACCUUCGUGUCGGCCAUCUUUCUCUUUCUCUUUGUCGAGUUCGGCACGACGCCCAACGCGAAGCUCUUCUUCUCCUGCGUCGAGGCCUUUGCUCAGAACAUCAUGUACGGCGUCCUGUACGCCUUCACCCCGGAGAUCUUCCCGGCCCCUGUCCGCGGCGCCGGGCACCGGCGUACCGGCGUAGCAGGCUUCCUGAACCGCGUCACGGGCCUCAUGCGUCCCGUCAUUGCUGCAACAUUCCCGGCGACGGCACGACGGGCCAUCACCAUGUCUGGCGUGUGA